AUAUGUACAUCGAGAGGUGAAAGGCUAUGUGGUUUAAGCGACAUCUUUGCAUAUUGUCUAAGCUCAUUUAGAAAAAAUAUCAUAACAAAUAUAUUGCAGUUUUUUUUGCUUAUAUGGGUGGACGAGCUGGCAGCCCACCUGGUGUUAAGUGAUUACUUGAGCCCAUAGACAUCUAUAACGUUAAUGUGCCACCCAUCUUGAGAUAUAAGUUCUAGGGUCUCAGUAUAGUUAAAACGGCUGCCCCACCCUUCAAACCGAAACGCAGUUCUGCUUCACGGCAGAAAUAGGCAGGGUGGUGGUACCUACCAGUGCGGACUCACAAAAGGUCCUACCACCGGUAAAAAAUCAUAUCAUCAAAAAACUUAUGGGCGAACUCACGGGGCUGAGCAUGAGAGAAUUUACUAACACCUGCCCUAGCAAGAGCAGUGUUUCGCUGAAUCUACCACCGAAUCGGAAUCGUGACCUACGGAGAAGGUCUCGCGAUAAAUACAGUGGCGUGUGUAUGUAAGCGUAAUAAAUACUGAUGAACUAAAAGUGUACCUGUUUUCAGAUGAUAAGGUUGAUUUUAGUUUUUUUAACAAUAUCGCACAGCUACGCCUUGAAUAAUGGAUUAGCAAUGACACCACCAAUGGGCUGGCUGACAUGGGAACGUUUUAGGUGUAUAACCGACUGCGAGAAAUAUCCUAACGAAUGCAUAAGCGAGAGCCUAAUAAAAAGGACAGCAGAUUUGAUGGUCAGCGAAGGAUAUCUAGAUGCAGGAUAUGAAUAUUUAGGUAUCGACGAUUGUUGGUUAGAGAAGACACGCGAUGAUAAAGGUCGGCUGGUACCCGACAGGAAACGAUUUCCAAAUGGGAUGAAGGCCAUAGCUGAUUAUAUCCACAGCAAAGGCUUAAAGUUCGGCAUGUACGAAGAUUAUGGAAACCUCACAUGUGCCGGUUACCCCGGGGUGCUUGGAAACGAAAAAAUCGAUAUCAACACAUUUGUCGAAUGGGAAAUCGAUUAUUUGAAGCUCGAUGGAUGUUAUAUUGACCCGAUACAAAUGGAUAAAGGCUAUCCAGACUUCGGUAAAUUGUUGAACGCUACUGGACGAUCCAUCUUGUACUCCUGUAGCUGGCCAGCAUAUCAAGAGGAAAAAAAGAUAUUGCCAAACUAUGCAUCGAUAGCAGAGCACUGUAACCUUUGGCGCAAUUAUGAUGAUAUAGAAGACUCUUGGGCAUCUCUUACGAAGAUCAUGGCCUGGUUUGGUGACAACCAGGACAGGCUUGCUCAGCACGCCGGGCCUGGACACUGGAACGACCCUGAUAUGUUACUAAUUGGCAACUUCGGUCUAUCGGUGGACCAAGCUAAAGUACAAAUGGCUGUUUGGGCGAUCCUAGCAGCACCGCUUCUGAUCAGUACUGAUUUGGCAACGAUAAGGCCAGAAUUCAAACAAAUAUUACUGAACAGAGACAUUAUAGCCGUCAACCAAGACAAAUUGGGUAAACAAGGAUUGCGUGUUUGGAAAAAAAUGGGAUCUGGAUCCAGGUCCAAAUUAGAGAUAUGGAAAAGAGAACUUUAUGACGGUUCCUUUGCUAUGGCAUUUGUGAGUUAUCGGGACGAUGGAAUACCUUACGCAGCCAAAUUUACGUAUUAUGACAUGCAAUUACCUCAGUCGGAGUUUGAAGUACAGGACUUGUACAAAGAAGAAGAAGUUCGGUCAUGGGAUGGCACAAGCGACUUCGAAGUUCGGAUUAACCCUUCUGGAGUUAAAUUUUACAAAUUCAUUAGCAAAAAAUCUAUGUCGGAGAUUUUGGAUAUAACAGUAAAAAUGAUUGUGAAGAAUCAAGUGUGUAAUUAGUAUUAGUUUUUGUAAAUAGCUAAACUUUUAUAUCAAUAAAUUAUUGGAUCAUUAA